CAAACAAAUCAUCUAAAAAAAAACUUAACUAGUUUUAACAUUCUCUCUCCCAAACAUUCUUUCUUCUUUUCUUUCCUUGCUCGAGAGUAAACACAGUUCAUUAAUAUUCCUUCCACCAUCACCACAAAAAAAUGAAACUCUUGUCUACAAAAGCAACUUGUAAUAGUCACGGCCAAGAUUCUUCAUACUUCUUAGGAUGGGAGGAAUACGAGAAGAAUCCUUACGAUGAAGUUCACAAUCCCAAAGGAAUUAUUCAGAUGGGUCUAGCAGAGAAUCAGCUCUCUUUUGAUCUAAUGGAAUCAUGGCUCUCUAAGAAUCCAGACGCAUCUGGAUUCAAGCGAGAUGGAAAGUCGAUAUUCCGAGAACUUGCUCUCUUCCAAGAUUACCAUGGCAUCCCUUCAUUCAAAAAAGCAUUGGUAGAUUUCAUGGCUGAAAUUAGAGGAAACAAAGUCACUUUUGAUCCCAACCACAUAGUUCUCACCGCAGGUUCCACUUCAGCAAACGAGACUCUAAUGUUCUGUCUUGCCGAAAAAGGAGAAGCAUUUCUCCUUCCCACUCCUUAUUAUCCAGGAUUUGAUAGAGAUCUUAAGUGGAGAACUGGUGUUGAGAUUGUUCCCAUACAAUGCAAUAGCUCCAACAACUUUCAAAUAACUCAACAAGCAUUGCAACAAGCAUACCAAGAGGCACAAAACCGCAACCUUAAAGUCAAAGGUGUAAUGGUUACAAACCCAUCAAACCCACUAGGCACCACAUUGUCAAGGAGUGAAUUAAACAUGCUCGUUGACUUUAUCAAAGACAAAAAAAACAUGCAUUUGAUAAGUGACGAGAUUUACUCUGGGACUGUUUUUACCUCUCCAAACUUCCUCAGCGUCAUGGAGAUCCUUAAAGAUAGAAACUACUUUAAGGAUUCUUCUAAUGAUGCUGACGAAGUUUGUGACAGGGUUCAUGUUGUCUAUAGUCUCUCAAAAGACUUGGGUUUGCCGGGUUUCCGCAUAGGCGCCAUUUACUCCGAAAACACGACAGUAGUCUCCGCUGCGACGAAGAUGUCAAGCUUCGGCUUAAUCUCGUCGCAAACACAAUAUCUUCUUUCCUCCAUGCUUAGUGACAAAAAAUUCACCAAAAACUACUUGGUAGAAAAUUCAAAGAGGCUGAAACAACGACAUAAAAUGCUGGUUUCAGGUUUACAAAAAACAGGAAUAAAGUGUCUAGAGAGCAACGCAGGAUUGUAUUGCUGGGUUGAUAUGAGACACCUUUUGAAUUCGAACACAUUUGAAGCUGAAAUGGAGCUAUGGAAGAAGAUAGUGUAUGAAGUUGGGUUGAACAUUUCACCUGGUUCAUCAUGUCAUUGUACAGAACCAGGUUGGUUUCGUGUGUGUUUCGCAAACAUGUCGGAAGAGACUCUGAAACUAGCAAUGAAAAGGUUAAAAGAAUUCGUUGUUGAGUCCACUGGCAAUAAUAAUACUCGAAACACAAAUACUCAAUCUAAAAGAAAGUCUUCAUCACUCACUAAGUGGGUUUUUCGGUUAUCGUCUCGUGAUCAUCGUGAUCGACAAGAGGAACGGUAACUUGGUUCCUAGUUUGUGAAUUGUGUCUGUGAAGUUUCAAGCUAGCCAUGCACAAUACACUUUUUUUUUCUUUUUCUUUUUCUUUUUGGGCUCCCCAAUUAUUUUUGGUGGAGUAGUUCAAAAAAUGUUUAUUUUAUUAAUAUUUUUUUUGUGAUAAAAAUUUGUAGUGGGAGAAAGCACUCUGUCCAUGUGGAUGUGAAGUGUGAGCAUUUUUAGUUAGUUUGGCCGUUUGAAUUCAACAGUUAUUAUUUAUUACCAUGAAAGAAAGUGAUAUCCUAAAUAUUAUUAAUAAAUGAAAA